AGGCUGAAAAAUCCGACCUUGUGAAAGCGCUUGACAUUUCCAAGGCUGAAAAAUCCGACCUUGUGAAAGCGCUUGACAUUACCAAGGCUGAAAAAUCCGACCUUGUGAAAGCGCUGGACAUUUCCAAGGCUGAAAAUAACGACCUAGUGAAAGCGCUGGACAUUACCAAGGCUGAAAAAUCCGACCUUGUGAAAGCGCUGGACAUUUCCAAGGCUGAAAAUAACGACCUAGUGAAAGCGCUGGACAUUACCAAGGCUGAAAACAACGACUUUGUCAAACCGCUGGACAUGUCCGAGGAAGAAAAUGACGACAUUGUAAAAGCGCUAGACAUGUACAAGGAAGAAAAUGACGACAUUGUAAAAGCGCUGGACAUGUUCAAGGAAGAAUAUGACGACAUUGUAAAAGCGCUGGCCAUGUCCAAGGAAGAAUAUGACGACAUUGUAAAAGCGCUGGCCAUGUCCAAGGAAGAAAAUGACGACAUUAUAAAAGCGCUAGACAUCUUCUUGGAAGAAAAUUACGACUUUGUAAAAGCGCUGGACAUGUCCAAAGAAGAAAAUGACGACUUUGUAAAAGCGCUGGACAUGUCCAAAGAAGAAAAUGACGACUUUGUAAAAGCGCUGGACAUGUCCAAAGAAGAAAAUGACGACUUUGUAAAAGCGCUGGACAUGUCCAAAGAAGAAAAUGACGACUUUGUAAAAGCGCUGGACAUGUCCAAAGAAGAAAAUGACGACUUUGUAAAAGCGCUGGACAUGUCCAAAGAAGAAAAUGACGACUUUGUAAAAGCGCUGGACAUGUCCAAAGGAGAAAAUGAUGACUUUGUAAAAGCGCUGGACAUGUCCAAAGAAGAAAAUGACGACUUUGUAAAAGCGCUAGACAUGUCCAAAGAAGAAAAUGACGACUUUGUAAAAGCGCUGGACAUGUCCAAAGAAGAAAAUGACGACUUUGUAAAAGCGCUGGACAUGUCCAAAGAAGAAAAUGACGACUUUGUAAAAGCGCUGGACAUGUCCAAAGAAGAAAAUGACGACUUUGUAAAAGCGCUGGACAUGUCCAAAGAAGAAAAUGACGACUUUGUAAAAGCGCUAGACAUGUCCAAAGAAGAAAAUGACGACUUUGUAAAAGCGCUGGACAUGUCCAAAGAAGAAAAUGACGACUUUGUAAAAGCGCUGGACAUGUCCAAAGAAGAAAAUGACGACUUUGUAAAAGCGCUGGACAUGUCCAAAGAAGAAAAUGACGACUUUGUAAAAGCGCUGGACAUGUCCAAAGAAGAAAAUGACGACAUUGUAAAAGCGCUGGACAUGUCCAAAGAAGAAAAUGACGACAUUGUAAAAGCGCUGGACAUGUCCAAGGAAGAAAAUGACGAACUUGUAAAAGCGCUGGACAUGUCCAAGGAAGAAAAUGACUUUGUAAAAGCGCUGGACAUGUCCAAAGAAGAAAAUGACGACUUUGUAAAAGCGCUGGACAUGUCGAAGGAAGAAAAUGACGACUUUGUAAAAGCGCUGGACAUGUCCAAAGAAGAAAAUGACGACUUUGUAAAAGCGCUGGACAUGUCGAAGGAAGAAAAUGACAACAUUGUAAAAGCGCUGGACAUGUCGAAGGAAGAAAAUGACGACAUUGUAAAAGCGCUGGACAUGUCCAAAGAAGAAAAUGAUGACUUUGUAAAAGCGCUGGACAUGUCGAAGGAAGAAAAUGACGACAUUGUAAAAGCGCUGGACAUGUCCAAAGAAGAAAAUGACGACUUUGUAAAAGCGCUGGACAUGUCCAAAGAAGAAAAUGACGACUUUGUAAAAGCGCUGGACAUGUCCAAAGAAGAAAAUGACGACUUUGUAAAAGCGCUGGACAUGUCCAAAGAAGAAAAUGACGACUUUGUAAAAGCGCUGGACAUGUCCAAAGAAGAAAAUGACGACAUUGUAAAAGCGCUGGACAUGUCCAAAGAAGAAAAUGACGACAUUGUAAAAGCGCUGGACAUGUCCAAAGAAGAAAAUGACGACUUUGUAAAAGCGCUGGACAUGUCCAAAGAAGAAAAUGACGACUUUGUAAAAGCGCUGGACAUGUCCAAAGAAGAAAAUGACAAUAUUGUAAAAGCACUGGACAUGUUCAAAGAAGAAAAUGACGACAUUGUAAAAGCGCUGGACAUCUUCUUGGAAGAAAAUAACGACCUUGUUAAAGCGCUGGACAUCCCAAACGUUGAAAAUGGAGGACAUGCCGCCCAUGAAUCUGCUCCCGUCGUCUCCGAGGAAGUCGGUCCUGCAGAAGACGAGCCCAAUCUUCCACCGUCACUCGUUCCCAUCGAGGAGGCCAAGGAUACAGACGACUUGGAUUACAGUGUUGAGCUCCUUCCAGCUGACGGAACCCAUGACACUGACGAGGACACUCUACAACAAUGACCAUGAUAUGCUCCACUGACUUCGUUCCUGUUGAGGAAGACACCCCUCCCUCUCCCCAUCCUUCCCCCCGACGUAACUCCCCUAUCGUCGACCUCCCCUCCUCCCCCCUCCCCCUCCCGGCUUCCUCAACCCUGGCAGGUUCUCUCGGUCACCGGCGGUUCUUCGGGACAAAGCUCUGGUUCAAUUUCUCUUGGAGCCCUGAGCAUCUUGCACCAAACCGCGCUGUAUUUCUCACGUUUCUUAAAACCUUUCUAUCUAUCAGUAAAUUUAUCCUAAAGGUACUAUAGUAUUUCCAUUUGAAACUGGCCGGUGGGGUGUAGGCCUA